AUAUCCAAUACACCAGUUACUAAUAUAAGAGGUACUACAACUGGUGGACAAGGGAGUGAAGACAUUGAUUUGGGGAUCAAUGAAGGUGGUGCUAAAGCUUCAGCUUCAUUUAUCAAACCACCAGAUGUUAAGUGUCCAGAUCUUGGAAACAAAAUUCAAAAUGAGCCAUUUACUGAUGAUCUUGUGAAAGAUAUCAAUAUCGUUCUUGUUACAGCCACUAAUGUUGAGUUCAAUGCUGUAAUGGGACAGGCUACACCGAUAAAUGGAGAGAAAUAUACACGAACAAGUUCAAAAGGAAUCACGUUCUACAUUGCAAUGUAUGGAAAGUACAAAGUAGCCAUCAUACGCACUGAACAAGGUAAAGAGGUCACUUCAGAAGAGCUCCAGAAGAUUCAAAAAGUAGUGAAAGCUCAAUAUGUCAUUGCAAUUGGUAUCUGCUACGGCAUGAAAGAAGGCAAAAAGAAAACUAAGUUUGGAUCCAUUCUUGUAGCAAAAAGAAUGAAAGAAACAUCAAUUGCAAAGUAUAAGGAUGGUAGUAAAAGUGAACUUGAAAUUGAAGAUUACCAUAGCGGGAAAACACUAUAUGACAUAUUUGAGAAUUAUCAUGGAUUCACAUUAGGCAAUGGAAUCAAUUACGAUGUUAAUGUCUUGACAGGAGAAGAUAUAUUAGUCACUGAGUCUUCACUCAACACCAGCCAACAGCACAAAGAUGAAAUACAACGUCAAGUUCCACAAGCACUUGGAGGUGAAAUGGAAGCAGCUGCUAUUUUAGGGAAGCCAGAGGAAUUUGAGGGUAUAGUUAUCAAAGCAAUUGCUGAUUGGGGUGACAUGGACAAAGCUAGCUGUGCCCCUUGGAAGGAGUUCUCUACUUAUGUAGCUGCUAAGUACAUCUGGUAUCAGUUAUCAAAUAUACCUGAAGAUGAACUGAUGAGAAAAUAACACCUAUAUUAAUGAAAGUACUGAACAAAAUAAUACUUAUUUAGUAACUUAUCUAGCAGCAUAACAUUAGUCAGUAGCCUAUUACUUAUUUGCACAAUUACUAUAGUUUAGCAAUUUAAAACUAUUAUAUUGUAUGUUUUGAAAGUUUUCCUGCACCUGUA